AUGCCUUCUUUUUCUUAUUUGUGCCUCAUACCAACACCUCCCAAUGAGCAUAGAACCCAAUUUGUCCUGCUAUUUACUCAUAACUGGGAGGAGGAGAAGAGGAUUCAUACCUUUCCCAAAGUUUCUGUGAAGAUGGCUCAUGUCAUUGAAGAUUUCUAUGGUGUCUACCUGCUCUACAAUAUAAACCCUAGUUUCAAAGGUCGUAUCUAUAUUGGAUAUACAGUUGACCCAAAUAGACGUAUUCAACAACACAACACUGGCAUCCAGGCAGGUGGAGCAAGAAAAACAAGUGGUCGAGGUCCUUGGGAAAUGGUGCUCACAAUUCAUGGCUUCCCGAAUAAUAUAUCUGCCUUAAGGUUUGAAUGGGCCUGGCAGAAUCCCAACGCCUCCCGACGCCUGAAGCACUUACCAAAGAAGAAACGUACUGAAUCAGCAUAUCAGUAUCGUUUUCGAAUUGUCUGUGAAAUGUUGCGCACUGGCCCCUGGCAUCGGCUUCCCCUCACCAUACGCUGGCUGAAACAGGAGUAUCAACAGGAGUUCCCCCCAAAUCUUCUUCCUCCAAUGCAUAUGCCUAUUGUGUAUGGACCAGUACGACGUAAAAAGGUUAAACCUUCACAAAGCCAACUACCAGCUUUUGAACUCUCUCCACAAAAGAACCAGCAAUUGUUACAUUCAGUUAUGGACCCAGAGAUCAGUGCAAAUUCAUUGUCCUGCAUAAAUGGCUUUUCUCCACCAAGGAUCAGUAAAAAAUGGCUAUGCUGUUCAGUGUGUUUGGAAAAAUUAGUGGAUCCUAAUUCAGUCUUAAGGUGCAUCCAUGUCCAGUGUCGAGCAGUAAGCCAUAUUACAUGUUUGGCUGGUCACUUUCUUGCCCAACGCAAAACAAAUGAUGCUGAACUACAAUUAAUCCCAGUUGAUGGCUGUUGUCCCAGUUGUGGCAAGGAAGUUCUCUGGGGAGAUUUAAUCCGUCUCAGAAAUGGAUGCUACCAAAAUUUAAUUGAAGGUGAAUUGAAUGAAGAAGAUAAAGAUCAUGACAAACUGUUGAAUUACAGACCAAGCUGGUUUUGCCGUUCAGCAUCUGCUCGUGAAAUAUCCAGUUUGAGGAGGGCUUCAGGGGUAGGGAUCUGA